AAUCUCCUUCCCUGAAUCACAAUUUCCUAUCUUCUUCACGUUCUAACUUCCAAUUUCCAGAAACCCUAGCUAUCACCAUAACCUGUAAUCGACUUCAAACUAAUUGAACAAAAAGAACAACAUCAGGACUUCUGAAUCAGCACAAAACAUCCCGCCACUCCGCGACAUUUCAGAUCUGAUGAAGCCUCUCUAGAUCUGGAAUCGUGCCGCAGCUUUCAUGGUUUUAAGUUCUGAAUCACAAGCAUAAUAAUCACAAAAGCAUGAGACUAUCAUCAGCUGAGGAUCGAGUAGGCACUCUUAGUGCUGGUGGUAACCGGGAUGCUGAAUUACUCUUUCGUACAAAGCCAAUAUCUGAAAUCAGAAAUGUUGAGUCCACCACCAACAAACACAUUCAG